AUGAUCCGUCGUCAGAGUAUCCCACUGUCUUUAUUAACCAACAACCCGGUCAGCAGUAUCUUGAACAAUGGGAUGAGCUCGGAGAAUAGAGAUGGAACGGCUGGCACCCCAGCAGCAGUAGGUGGUAGUGGCGCGUCUCGCAUUAAUUCUAUUCUCAACCCUAAACCGGAAUAUCAAACUUCUGCCUUAAGAUACAGGACCAGUCCGUCCCAGGCAAUUUCAGGGGUGCAUGCAACGGCCAGGGUGCAGCACACGCCGUCGGGAGGUUUACACGGGUCAGAGUUUAGUUCGCCAACAUCGUCUUCUGAUCUGACAGACUCGGCCGAAUCUGAAGAGGACUCUGGUUCUUUUAACCGAGGGCUGAACAGAGCGAGUACAGCGGGCACAGUCAGUUCAUUAACCACGCAUGGAACAAAUGGUACAAAUACAGCGAACAGGACGAAUAUGAUGAACAGAAUGAACAGCAUGAAUAAUAGUACAUUGAGUAGCAGAAGUAGCAGCAGCAGCAACAGCAGCGGCAUCAGCAUCUCGAGCAUCACCAACAACAACAACAGCACCUCCACAUCCCUCUCGACCGCACCGGCCCCACGCCCGACUCGAGCGAAGCGAGAGGAGCAACCAGGGUCUGGGGCGGAGCCCCAGCCGCCGGAGGCACACACCCCCCACCCAGACCCGCUCUCCACUAGAGCACCCAGUGCAUCUCCCCCAGCCGGUAAACCAGCAGGAUCACACAGACGCAAGUCGUCCGUGUUCAACGGCAACAGUGAAACCGGACUGGCGAAUUAUAUCAAAGUACCUUUAAAAAAACGAACAAGAGACCAGGUCGAUGACGGAGCUGGCAACGACGAUGACACCGAGUCUCUGGAAUACCAGUACCAAUGUCUUGACUGUCUCGACCGGUUCUCGUCGACCAGCGAGCUGAGGCAACACAAGAAAAACCUGCAUCAUAUUCAGACAUACAAAUGCCGGAAAUGUGGCGAGUUGUUUCGGUCGAUUGCCGACAGACAGACCCAUAAAAACAACAAACACUUCGACACCAUCACCUGUACCAUCGAAGGCGACAAUUUCCGCGAGUUUAAACAAGGGUCUACAGUGUCUUCUAACCGAAAUGGCGCCGGCUACUUCAGCUGUCCUGUCGACUACUGUACAUUCCUCACUCGCAUCCCGGGCUACUGGUACGACCACGUCCACCACGUGGAACACCACGGCGAGAACCCGCAAAAACGCAAAAAACGAGCCAGCAUGGCUCCCUGA